UAAAUAUAUUUAAUCUAAAAAGAUUAUCUAAUUUUUGUACCUAUAUUUAAUUUUCUUCAAACGAAGUGAAUGAUAUGAUAACUGGGUUCUCGAAAGACAACAAAAGGGAGAUAUUCAUGGAAGGAGGAUAAUAAGAAAAUAAAUAUCUUCCUUUCACCUCUCCCAGUUGAAGUACGAGCAAAAAGGGACCCGAUGCCUAUGGAAUGAAAAUGCGGAUCGACUGGUGGGGCCCCUUGUGUAUAUCGAAGGUGAUAGCUAUGGUUGGAGGUGGAGACGGCCCAUGAAAGUAACAGUGACUCUCUUCGACUCGUCCACCUUCCAACCGAUCGCAAGAAGACCUCGUCAGUUGUACGUUCUUCGUCCUGGAGAACAGUGCUCGCGAAUAUUUAUCCACCAUACAUACGUAUUUAUGUGUCCUUCGGUGUCAUCGACCAUUAACAAGGUCGCGCGUUGUGCUCGUCCAAAAAAUAAAUUAACAAACGGAUCGACAAAUAAAUUAUAUUAAUAAAUAAAUUAUAUAUAGAGAGAAAGAGCUACAGUGCACAUUGGUGCAACACAAUGUGCCUGAGCGUAGUUUUUUGAAGACAAAUUUAACAGACAAUAAAUUGUUAAUUUUUAAGAAGAAAAAAGAUGGAUUGGGUACGAACACUGUUCUUCUUGGUUGCCAUUGCUGUCCUUGGUACCAUUCAGGAUGGAAUGGCAGAGAAAAAGAUCGUUUGUUAUUAUACUAAUUGGUCGAUAUAUCGACCGGGAACAGCAAAAUUUUCUCCACAAAAUAUUAAUCCAUAUUUGUGCACCCAUUUGAUUUAUGCUUUCGGUGGUUUCACCAAGGACAAUGCAUUGAAACCUUUCGAUAAAUACCAGGACAUCGAGAAAGGUGGUUAUGCUAAAUUCACGGGACUGAAAACUUAUAAUAAAAAUUUAAAGACCAUGUUAGCGAUCGGUGGUUGGAACGAAGGUUCCAGUAGAUUUUCACCGAUGCUUGCCGAUCCAGCCAGGAGGAAAGAAUUAGUUAAGAAUUCGAUUAAGUUCCUCAGGCAAAAUCAUUUCGAUGGCCUUGAUCUCGAUUGGGAGUAUCCGGCUUUUAGGGACGGUGGAAAACCUCACGAUAAAAAUAAUUAUGCCAAUUUCGUACAAGAACUUUACGAAGAGUUUGAAAGAGAAUCUAAGAAAACUGGAAGACCACGAUUAUUAUUAUCAAUGGCUAUGCCUGCUGGUAUAGAAUACAUUGACAAAGGUUACGAUGUUCCUCGUUUGAAUGAGUAUCUUGAUUUUAUAAAUCUUUUAUCUUACGAUUAUCAUUCAGCAUACGAACCCGCGGUAAAUCAUCAUGCACCUCUUUAUCCUUUGGAAGAGGACAAUGAAUAUAAUUAUGACAGUGAAUUAACAAUAAAUUAUACGAUCAAUCAUUUAAUACAAAGUGGAGCAUCAGCGGAAAAAAUUAUAUUAGGAAUACCAACUUAUGGUCGUUCGUAUACAUUGUUUAACGAAGAUGCAACAGAUUUGGGAUCACCGGCUGAUGGUCCAGGUAUUGAAGGUGACGAUACACGUGAAAAAGGAUAUCUAGCAUAUUACGAAAUUUGUGAAAGUAUCACAAAUUCGGAUGAUUGGGAAGUAAUGCAUCCCAAUCCGAAAGCAAUGGGACCGUAUGCUUUCAAAGGUAAUCAAUGGGUUGGUUAUGACGAUGUUAAUAUCGUUCAAUUGAAGGCUCGUUUUAUAAACGAGAGAAAUCUGGGUGGUAUGAUGUUCUGGUCAAUUGACAACGAUGAUUUCCGUGGAAAGUGUCAUGAUCGGCCGUAUCCUUUGAUAGAAGCCGGUAAAGAGACACUUUUAAUCGAAGACACAAGUAACGUUGCUCAAAAACCGAAAUCAACGGAUUCUCGUAAAAAAUUACGCAGUCAGGGAACAUCGAGUAAUUCUUUACGUCGAAAAGCAAAUUCGAAUGUUAGAAGGAGUACAACAACUUCAGCUCCAGUGAGAAGAAAACAAGUUACGACCACUUCUAAACCGAAAUAUCGUACGAUUUCACGAACGAAAUUAACCGAGGAGGAUGAGGGAGAAGGGGAGGAGGAAGAUGAUCGAGAACUUGAAAGACGAUCUUACAAUCCUUCAUUCGUCGAAGAGAAAAAUGAGAGUGGUAAUGCUGUUAGAAAUACUGAUAAGAAAAAAAGAUCACGAAACAGGAGUAAAACGCGAAAUCGAUCGUCGACUGGUAGACGUAGGAAACCAGGAAGAAAUGAGGAAAAUGAAAAUGUGAAACAUUCGACGAGUGAAUCUUUGAGUAACAAAUUGACGACACCUGAACCACCGACUACACCUGAUCCUGGAACUGAUUUUAAAUGCGAAGACGAAGGAUUUUAUCCUCACCCACGUGAAUGUAAAAAAUAUUUCUGGUGUCUCGACAGUGGUGCUGCUGGUUUGGGAUUGGUUGUUUAUCCAUUCACUUGUCCUGCGGGUUUGGUAUUUAACAAAGCUGCUGAUUCUUGUGAUUAUCCACGUAACGUAGCUUGUCCUAAAGCAAAAACAACUCAAACGACAACAAGAGCACCGAUCACAGCAGCAACCAGUCGUACAACUUAUUUGCACAGUACAACGCAACGUACAACUACAGCUAAAUUGGAUUCCGAGGAAGAUGAAGAAUAUUAUGACGAUGAAGAAGAAGAAGAAGAAGAAGUGGGUAACGCAGAAGAAGAAGAAGAAGAGGAAGAGGAGGAGGAAGAAAAAUUGAAACCCAAAAUAACUUCGACCAUGAAACCACUUCAAUAUAAAACCAUAACUAGAAAUAAACCCAGUACUACAACAGCGAGUACAACCAAUAGGACAACGUCAAGACCAGAGAAGGAAGAAGAUUUUAAAAAUGGCGAUCUUGCAGAUGAGGAAGAUCCUAAAGUGAUCAAAGAAUUGAUUAAUUUAAUCAGAAAAGCAGGUGGUAUCGAAGAAUUAGAAAAACAAUUACAUCUUCAACAAAAGGGUUCCGGUACAUCAUCAAAUAACGAUCCUGUAACCCCAGCAACAAUCAGUCGUACAUUGUACGAACGUGUUCUGAAUCGGCAAGCUAGCAAAAUAGUUUCGGGAUACUCUGAAAACCUUGAUUACAAAAAUGGGCCUGGUAGGGCUCAAUUUGAAGGUUUGGAUGAAAUUCCUGAAGUAAAGAGUCUCAGGAGAGCACAGAAACCACAAUAUGUUACAAUCGAGAGACCUAAGGUAUCAACGAAUGCACCACAAUUGGAGGAUGAAGUAACUAACAAUAAUGAUGAUGGUAAUGAUGAUGAUGAUGAUGAUGAUGUAGAAGAGGAUUAUGACGAAUUGGAAGAUUACAACACGAACGUAGCUUCCUCCGAGGAUGAAACUAUCAGCAAUCCAUCAGAAAUUAGUACCUCGACUCAACGAGUAACACCAAAUUAUGUUAAUAUUCGACGCAAUCGAUUUUCUACGACCACGUCCAAAAAUGAAAAUGACGUAGAAGAGAAAGCUGAUAACGCGGAAGAGGAGAUUCCGAUUCGCCGAAGACGUCCCAACGGGUCAACCAAAAAUCAAGAUAAGGAAUCCGAACAUAAUUCAAAACCAUUCCGCACGCGUACGAGAUACAGGAACACGGAAGUUAAUAAGAACGUUGAGGAAUCAUCGGAACGAUUGGAUUUGAAUGGGAAAGUAAUUCAAGGAACGCGACAAACGGAUCAUCAUGAAAUUAACACGCAACCAACGACCAAAUCUAGAUAUAUCAAUAUACAACGUUUCCGAAGUACAACGCAGAAAAAUUUGGCCGAUAGCACUGAUAAUUCUAGGAUUGAUGAAAUAACGACGGAGAGAACAACUGUUCAAAAUAAAAUUGAUAAGGAUGAAGAUAUUACAACGACUUCUACGAAUCCAGUGAUAUUUUCAACGAUAUCAUCAACUACAACGACGUCAACAACAGAAGCAUCAACUACGACAGAGCCCAGUUUGCCCUCAGUAUCCUCGGUUACAUCCAUUUAUUCAUCAUCAUCAUCAUCAUCAUCAUCAUCAUCAUCAUCAUCAUCAUCAUCAUCAUCAUCAACUAGUACAAGUACGAAUAACGAAGCUACAACCAUCAAGAUAAAUCCUGUCGAAGAAACAUCUAUAGUAUACAAUCUUAACAACAACAACAACAACAAGAAUAAUUUGAUACCGUCAAUAACGACGACUGAUUCCCCUGUUAAACUCGUUGAAGAAUCAGCUACGGAAAUCCUUUUGACGACAGCACCAGCGAGCCCAAGUCCAGGUACACCAUCAAUAUUGUCUACAACCAGGCUAAUAGCUACGGUAUCGCAGCCACGACCAUUCGGAUUUACUCGGAGAAGAUUGGGUAGUGUCACUGCUGAUGUAACAACGACACCAUUAGCCCCAUCGAUCGAUCAAUCUAGAUCAUCUAAGGUGAGUAUAACGUCGCGAAAUUCGACCCGAUCGAGCUCGUUUCUGAUAGGAAGAGGUCGAUUAAGAACAAGACAGGAUUCGUCUACUCGUAUUUCCGACAAUAAACGGAUUAUUACUGAACAAGAACAACUCGAUAAUCAAGCAACUUCCGAAGAAACUUUAAACAAACCAAGAGAGAUUAUUGCAAGUAGAUCAACUAGGCCUAAUAAUAACAAACGUAAAGGAAUAAAUAGAUAUAAUUCAUCGACGAGCAAUCCUAUAAACGAAGACAUAUCGAAAAAUACGAUAUCCCGUAGACGAACUCGUACAACAGAAUCCCCCCCAAGUACUACUACUAUUAAAACAAUCGUUGACAAUUCCAAUCCAAGAAGAAGGUAUCGUCGUCCUUCCAUACAAUCCACCACGGAAACUACCAAAUCUAACGAACUCGAAGACAGUCCAAUCGUUAGAAUUACGCAAGGGUAUAAUAGCAGAAGUAAAAAGUUUCGAUCUAAAUCGGAUGUCAACUUGGAUAAGGACGAUAAUGAAAAGAUAACGAACAUCAGAGUUUUCAAACAAUCCUCGCCGAGUAUUAAUAAAGAACUGUAUGGAAGAACAAGGAAUCCUAAUAAAAGGAAUUACGUGGAUAUUGAACAGGUAACUCAAAAGAUUAACGUGUCAACAGAUAAUAACGAACAAAUUUCUGUUCCUGUCAACGUCACGACAAUUACUACUACGACAGCUAUGACAACUAUUAAAGAAAUUGAACAAAGUACAACUGAUGAUAACUUAUUUAAUACUGUUCGAAUUACUGACAAUGAUACAAUCAAUACCAUAACCAAUGAUUUCGAUGCGUCAUCCACGCCAACUGUUACGGAAAUCGAAGAAAGUAAUACGAGCGUUCAACCAGGACCAGAAUUUGAUACGAUUGCGUCGACUUAUUACAUUACCGAAUCCACAACUGAAAGUAAUACUAUAUCUACGGAUAAUAACGUCUCUUACGAGACCAGUUUUAAUCCGGAAGAGAUAUAUACCACUCCAAAUAUUAUCAUUCAAUCGAUUUCUCCUUCGAUUUACGAAAACACGGAAAUAAAUAAUAAUAACGAAACGAAUUUAGAUACGGUCGAAUCAUCCGAAAAAAAGCUUACCAAUCAAAGAAGAAAAAAAGUUAUUCUUAGGAGAAGGCCUGUAACGGUUAAUAGUAACAAUAACACUUCUUCAACGUCAUCGAUACAAAUGGAAGAUAAUAAAAAAUAUCAAGUAAACCGUAGACGAAAAGUAUUGAAACGUAUACGAUUGUUAAAUGGCAAAUCUUCUACAAUAUCUUUAGAAAAUUCUUCUUCUUUUUCUCAAGAAGAAGAAUUAAGUUCAUCCUAUUCAGAAGCAUCUUCCGAAACGAAUAUUUUCCAAUCAGACGAUACGACUGAUCCAAUUUCUACAGAAUUACAAUCAGAAGAAAUACUAGAAUCUGAAAAUGUUACCGAAAAUCUUUCAACCUUUGCUACCGAAUUUCCAAACGUAAUUGAUUAUACUUUGACCGAUCAAUCGUCAGAUAGUAAUUUAGAAACAUCAACAAUGACAACAGAAAGUACGAAAGAUGAUUAUUUUAUUUCCAAUUCAACGACAAUUCAAUCAACAAUAAUGGAUGAAACGAUUACAGAAACUUUGACGUCAACAACGGAAUCUAUGUUUCCUGAAAAUGAUGAUCUUUAUUCGACUGUAAUAACAACAGAAACAACUAUAACACCACCAACCACUUACGUAGAUAACACAUUUGAUCCAGAAGAAACUCGAUUGGCUAGAGAAAAUGUAACUGCUACUGUUCAAACAACUACCACCACACCAUCCUUCUCAGGAAAUUUGGAAGAGUCUCAAGUUUAUAGCAGAUCUUCUUCCUCUGAAACGAGAUACGUGAGAAAAAAAUUUCUUCGCAAACGUCCAGUAUUGUUGCCGGAAACACCGAACAGCAGAUAUGCUUUAAUUUCAAGGCCAUAUAAUCGUACGUUAUCUACGACCGAGAGAAACGAGAUUGACGUUAAUCAACUUUCCAAACGUAGGAAGAGUUUGUUCGUUCGUCGUCGACCUGUUUCAUCGACUACGAGAACUACGGAAGGGUUGGAAAUUAACAAUGAAGAUAUUAAUGAAACGGAAGAGGAAGAGGUACAAGAGGAUGAUGAUGUUGAUGAUACUACUACGAAGGAUAUCAUAAGCAGUGCAUCUGUUGAGAACGAAUCUUUAGAAUUUUGGAAACAUUAUACGAUACCUGCUGAUAGAUUGGCCAAUCAAAGACCAUCACCACCACCUUCCUCGGAUCAAAUUAAAAAUACAUAUUUAACAACCGAACCAUCGGUAACAACAUAUCCAACUGUAAUAAAAGAAACCGAGGAAUUCGAGAAGGAUGAUAGUAAGAUAUCUGGUAAUGUAAAUAAACCACGAUACGUAACAAUCAAUCGUAGACCAGAAUCACGACGAGCAUACAAAGUUCCGAAUUCGAUUAAAAAUGUGGACAACGUUAAAGAAGAAAAUAUAUCAACUACGGAAAGAAUAUUAUUGUCAGGUAAACGAUGGUAUCCCAUUGAUGAUUCUUCGCCGGAAGAAACGGAAGAUAAUCCGGAGACCAAGGAAGCAACGAGAUUGAAAUUCAAUGGGUAUCGUCAAGCAAGAGCACGUUAUCGAAAUUACGAAGAAAAAUUACAGAAGGAUAGAAUCAACAAAGAAACGGAUACAACACCUUCGUAUUUCGAAUAUACAACGUCGAGUUUGAGAUCCCGUUAUCAAACGAAACGUCCAAUCACACCGGUUGAAGUUCCGGUUACUGAGACCCUAAUACCUGCUAAGAAAUUUGAUUACGCGGCUGAUGCUUUUCAUAGGAAACAACAAUCUUUAAGGACAACAACUCCACAACACUAUGAUGACGAGGAAGAAGAAUCUACGAUGAAAUAUAAAAAUGAAGAUAAUUCUGAGAUACAAAAUCUCGUUGAUUCCGAACGAACGACGAUCCCAUCAUCAAACAAACCAUUGGUUACCAGAUUGGUAACUUCUAUUGCUGAAUCUGGAACCACUGAGAGACAAAAGAUUUUGAUCAAAACUAAAUACUCGUCUUUAACAUCUACCACGAGAAUACCUGUCCAAAAUGUGAUCACUAAAAACAUUGAUUAUCCUUCGACGACACAAUCGUUCAAAAUAUUGAACGUUGAUUCAACGAACGAUCAAACAGUCACAACACUCGACGAUUCAAUCAACGAAAUUCGUCCUGCGAUCGAAACUUCGACUCUUCCUAUAGAAAGCGAAUUUCUAUAUCGUGGAAACGGACGAUUCACUACGGAAUCCCAUGAAUCAUCGACCAUACCAAUCGAAUCGGUCUUCAGCAAUCUUAUUGCUGGACCUAAGGAACAUUAAUCUCGAUUUAUUCUUAUUAUUAAUAAUAAUUAACGACGAAAGAAACAAUUAACGAAGAAACGAUUCGAUAUUAU